AUGGAGGACAAAAUGGAAGACGCAGGGGCCGUUUUCGUCGACUUGGACAAAGUGCACGACGAAGAAACGAAGCAGCUUUUCGAUUUUGAAGUAAUCAUUGACGGAACAGGGAAGGUAUUUGAAAGAGGAGCAGUGUACCCAUACGAUGAACUCUUACAUAGAAUACAAGAUUUAGUAAAUAAGCACAAUAUAGAUUUGUGUAUAUCGAAAAAGUAUACCAUUAAACCACCACAAGUUGUUAGGGUUGGUUCUAAAAAGGUCGCAUGGAUUAACUUUAAAGAUAUAUGUACUAUUAUGAACAGAAAUGAAGAACACGUUUUUCAUUUUGUAUUAGCCGAAUUGGGAACGGAGGGGUCCAUAGCAGGAGAGGGACAGUUAGUUUUAAAAGGAAAGUAUGGACCGAAACAUAUCGAAGCCUUGUUAAGAAAAUAUAUUACUGAAUAUGUCACGUGUCAAAUGUGCAAAAGUCCAAAUACAACCAUGGAGAAGGAUAGCAGAACUCGACUUUUCCACCAGCAUUGUAAUGCUUGCGGGGCUAAGAGAUCUGUCACCACCAUUAAGAGUGGUUUCCACGCCCUGGGAAGAGGUGAAAGAAGAAAGGCAAAGCAUACCAAUUGA